CAGUUUGCCCAUGAUCUUGUUAUAAGACAAAGAACAGGAAAGCCUGUCGUCAAAUAUGGUGCUGAAGGCCGACAUUUAAAAGUUUGUGGAGAUUUAGGUCAGGUUGUUUCUAUGGAAUUUGAUCUUCGCAAUGAAAAAAAUAUCGAGGAAGCAGUUAGACAUUCUGAUAUUGUUUACAACUUGAUAGGCAGAGAUCAUGAGACAAGGAAUUUCACUUUUGAGCAAGUUCAUGUCGAAGGUGCUGCUAGAAUUGCCAAAAUUUCAAGAGAAGCUGGGGUAUCAGCCUUGAAUGCUAAUAAAAAUCCACCAUCCAAGUUCUUUAGUUCAAAAGUUUUGGAUGUUGCUCAAGCGCUCAAACGCAUGUUAAAAGAUGAAUUAACCACGGGAGAGACUUAUGAAUUAUUUGGUCCUCGUGAAUUCACAUGUGAAGAAGUAUAUGAUCUAAUUAGAGACUUAACUGAAAAUC